AUGGCGCAGCACAAGUGGAGCUUAUUCUCUGUUGUCAUCCACCUUUCAUUUGCAGUGAUGGUGAUUCCUCUGGUGAGCUCGCUCUCCUUCAACUUCACUAGUUUCAGAGAGGACGACCAGUCAUUCCAUAUAGAGGACGAUGCAUCCUUCAAUGGCACGGUGAUCGAUCUUACGCGGUACCCCAUGCAAUAUGCCACCGGCAGAGUGGUGUACAACGAGCCGCUCCUCCUGUGGGAUGCCGACACAAGAAAUCUGACUGAUUUCACCACGAAUUUCUCCUUCAUCAUCGAUUCCGUCAACGAGUCGUCGUACGCCGACGGCCUGGCUUUCUUCCUGUCGCCUUACGGUUCCACCUUUCCUACCUACUCGAGGGGAGGCUUCCUCGGCCUCUUCAGCAACAGCUCCCUCGACAAUACGACCGUCAAGACGGUGGCGGUGGAGUUCGAUACCUUCUCUAACGAAUGGGAUCCGAAGGGAGAUCAUCUUGGAAUCGAUGUCAACUCGAUCAUAUCAAACAAGACGGUGCCGUGGAACAGCCGUGUCAGGGAUGGCAGACGGGCGAAUGCAUGGGUGAACUACGACGCCACCACCUUCAAUUUGAGUGCCUUCGUAACCUACGGUGCAGAUCGGCUCUCCAAUGGCAGUACCAGCCUAUCCCUCACCGUUGAUCUGCGAGAUUUCCUGCCGGAGAGGGUAGCAGUUGGCUUCUCGGCCACCACCGGCAGCUUGACUGAGACGCACACCCUCCUCUCUUGGUCUUUCAUCUCAAAGUUGCAAACCCCCUGA